AUGGUGCGCUUCAAGACUCGCUGGCUGCUGCUUGCGAUCGACGACAAGCCGCUAGCCUGCACUUCUCCCUUUGGCUCGAUGAUCGACAACUCGGAUGGUGAAUCCGCAUCCAGCUCGACUGCUGCACUCUAUUCGGCCGCACGACAACCCGCCUCGGCGCUUGGGCCCUCUCUGACCCCUCAACUUAUCACACGGCUGCUACGUGCCUCGCUGGUGUACAACUUUGGCGAUGUGGCUUCGGGAGCGUUUGGCGGCGUGCUGACGUGCAAGUACUACAGCCCGCACACGGGGACUGCCAUCGUACGCUGUUCGCGCGACGCAGCCAGGCUCGUGUGGGCAUCUGCAACCCUGCUUACCAGCCCGAUCGAAGCCGAGGUGGGAGUCAGUACGGACAAGUUGCCAAGUCUAAGGAUGAGGGUGGUACAUUGCGGAGGUACGAUCAAAAAGGUGCAGAACAAAGCGAUCGAACUCGACACCAAACUCAUCCUGCGCCUUCGUGCAAGGCAGAAGAAGCUCGCUACCAACGCUGCCAACGGCAAGAAGAAGGAGGUGGCGAAAAAGAAGGAGGUGGCGAAAGCAAGCGUCGUGCAAGAGGUACAGCCGCAAGUGCCCAAACUCGCACCAGUGCUUGAUGACGAUGAAGACCUCGGUGAAGCUCUCGAUCCCAAUGCUGCCGAACCACCGACGCCAAGGUCGGACUCACUCGCUCAGCCUGCUGCCACAUCGAAAGCGACUCAGGACUCUAAGCGCGAUGCCGAAACACAAGCAUUGAUCGCUCGCUCGCGAAAGGAGAUCAACUCCAUCUCUCACUAG